CGCAAUCUGUGAUUAAUCGAGGAAUUUGGAAAAUGUCUGGACGAGGAAAAACCGGUGGCAAGGCCAGAGCAAAGGCCAAGACCCGCUCAUCCCGUGCCGGGCUCCAGUUCCCAGUCGGCCGUGUCCACAGGCUUCUGAGGAAGGGUAACUAUGCUCAGCGUGUGGGUGCCGGAGCUCCGGUGUACCUGGCGGCGGUGCUCGAGUACCUAACCGCUGAGAUUUUGGAGCUGGCUGGAAACGCUGCCCGCGACAACAAGAAGACCCGUAUCAUCCCCCGCCAUCUGCAGCUGGCCGUCCGCAACGACGAGGAGCUCAACAAGCUGCUGGGCGGAGUGACCAUCGCUCAGGGAGGCGUGCUGCCCAACAUCCAGGCCGUCCUGCUGCCCAAGAAGACCGAGAAAGCUGUCAAGAGCAAGUAAAGCUCCGUACUGCUCCUCAACCAACCAAAGGCUCUUUUAAGAGCCACCCACUCCUUCCCAAAGCGCAAAUUCCUAACGAGUUCAAACCGCUUAACCUGCCACACGAUGUUAACCAUAUACUAAAUGUUUACAUUAAAUCCUUGCGUUGUCCUUCGGGUCCCAGGGACCCGUUCAGCUUAUUGUACACUUUUUGCAUUGUCCUGGCGUUGAGCCUCGGGUCCCCUGGUUACCCCCGCCUACUAUGUGCUGUCGUUUCACGUGAACAGGCACGGGUCCCCAUGACACGAAGAACCAUCCAAUACACUGGUUAAUUCAAUCAUAACUGAUGCUAAAUGGUGUCUUGGUAGAAUCACAGCUCUGUAGAGUUAAA